GUUUGGCGUACUUGAACGUCAUAUCCGCUCUUUUUUAGGGGCCUACAAGAAGCAAAACAAGGAAAACGGAGCUAGAUUUGUGCUUUUACGGAAACAUACGAUACACAGUGGCCAGAAAACAUAAGAGGGUGCAGAUUUUUUGACGAAUAUUUACAAGUCGACCUUGAAGUUCAUCGGUUCUGUGUGGAGAUGCGUGCAGCUGACCACGCACAGCGUGUCCUGGCCACUUUAAACCAGCAGAGAGCAGCAGGGAGCUUCUGUGAUGCCCUGCUGAAAGUGACCGACGGAGCGGUCUACACAGCCCAUCGCAGCGUACUGGCCUGCUUCAGUCAAAUCUUCCGAGGGGCCAAUACGGAAGCCACCUCACCCAGCAUGGAGUUCUGUCUUCAAGAUUGUUCAAGAGAAGGUGUCGAGCUGCUGCUGGACUUUGUUUACACAGGAGAAAUGAUACUCAAUCCGAAUGUGUUGGACAAAGUGCAGAGUGCAGCAUCCAGGUUGUGUGUCCCUGAAGCACUCGCAAUGUGUCAGCGCUUCAGGGACGAGCCCGUGGAUACUGUGCCUAAUCUCAAACGAAGGAGGGGUAGACCCAGAAAGACAAAGUCUGAUGUCUCCACCUCACAAAACAAUCUGACAGUUGCCAAAGACCAGUUAGAGUCAGAGGGUGUCAUAGAUGGCGUCAAGGCCACUGCCAUCACUCGAUCUGGCCGAGUGGUUAAAGAGCCCAGACGGAUGUUCUCCGAUGAAGGUGAUCCCAGUGAGGCCCCGCUUUCUUUAUCAGACCAAGAAAGUGCUAAUUAUGAGGAUCAGGCCAAUGAACAUCCAACUGGUCAAGUUCAGAUUGACAAAUUGCCGAACAACGUAGAUGAGGAAGGACCAAAUCCAGACAAAAGCCUCCAUUUGGAGACGCCCGUCCACGACUCUGAUGAGGAUUACGUCCCCACCCUCAAAUCCAAUCCCGAGGCAACAUCUAUGCCGAGAGCUCUCCACCAACGAGGCAGCUUGCACGAAAGUGAGGAUGGAGAAGCGGCAGAGGCAGAAUCUGAAAACUCUGUGCGCUGUCCUGUCUGUCAUAAAGUCUUCAAGAGCAAAUAUUACCUGAAAGUGCACAACAGACGUCAUACAGGCGAGAAACCAUUUGGUUGCCACAAAUGCGGAAAGCACUACUUCAGAAAAGAGAAUCUUUUAAUACAUGAGCUCAGACACUGUGCUGCAAAACAGACAUUCACGUGUCAGACGUGUUCAGCGUCAUUUAAAGGGAAACAGGAGUUGCGUGCGCACGUUGUCGACUCACAUGCGGAAGAGCUGCCCUACAAGUGUAAAGAAUGUGCCGAACAAUUCAUGUACAAAAAACACCUGAUGUGUCACAUGAUGAAGGUCCAUGGUCAUCCUAAACCACACGCUUGUCCACAGUGCCCCAAAACCUUCUGGACGCGCCACGAGCUGCGUGUGCACGAAGCUGCCAAACACCUUGGGGAAAAGCCCUUCGUGUGCGAAGAGUGUGGCCAUCGAGCGUCCACUCGCAAUGGCCUGCAUAUGCACAUCAAGGCUAUUCACAGAAACGAGCGCCCCUUCCUUUGCAGCAUCUGCGGCCACGCGUUCUCCCAGAAAAACAACCUUACCAUGCACCUGCGUGUGCAUAGCGGCGAAAGACCCUACCAGUGUCACCUGUGUGGCAAAACCUUCCGUACACAAGGGAGCCUCGAAAAACACAAUCGGACACACACGGGCGAGCGGCCCUUCCCCUGCGAUAUAUGCGAGCAACGCUUCACAGAGAAGGGUGCCCUUCUUCGCCACAAGGCUUGCAAGCACGAGGAGGGUCGCCCCCACUGCUGCGAUAUAUGUAAUAAGACUUUUAAAGCCAAAGAACAACUACGAGUCCAUCUUCGUCGUCAUAAGGGAAUGAGGAAGUUCGAGUGCGCCGACUGUGGCUACAAGUUCACCCGGCAGGCACACCUGCGUCGACAUGCUCAAAUCCACAAAAGGACUGAAAACUACAACCCACGACAGAGGAAACUGAGGAACGUGGUUGUAGAGGAGCAGGAUGGAGGUCCAGGUGAUUUGGAAGCCACCAAACCAGCUAAGGACUCACCGGUCGAUGUGGAAGCUGUCGGCUCUCAGCCCCCUAGCAUUGAGGACGGCUCCAUUGUUGCAGUUCUGAUUGAGUAGCGCACACACACACUGGACUGCUCGCUAGUCAAUCAGAAGGCACUUAACAAAACACACAUCAUACAGAGAGGGACAAUCAUGAUCGUUGUACUCUGUGUAAUGACAAUAAAAGCUUUCUAUGAUGCACUUUCCAUUCCCAUUUUCUCUUCUAGUUUAAACACCACACACUGAUUCCACUUUUCUUUUAUUGGUUUCACGUUUAAUAUGUGAGUGGUCUUUCACACACGGGAUUUCAAUUCAAAAACACAAUUCGUCUCCAACGGGCAAUUUAAAAGGCAAAUGACUAACAUUGGACAAAUAUCCAACAACAUAAAAACAUUCAAAAGU